CAGCAGUUUACGGCAGCACGACUCGAUAGUGCCACCGUCGUUUGGAACUGGCCGUUUCACUUUUUUUUUUAGUUUUCUUGCUUCGAUCGCGUCUGAAAGAGCUAACCGAGGUUACGAACAAAUCCCGAGGCGAAUAGUGAUAUUCACGAGUGACAGCUUAGAUUUUUAUUAACGGCGCGCAGCCACCGGGGGGGGGGGGGGACGAGCUUCGGAGGCUUUGAGAGAAAAAAAAAGUUUGUUGUUGUCACGUGACAGGAGACGAAUGUGGCGAUAAAACUUUUUCUUUUCAAAAAUUUAAGCCUUAAUUUUUGUUUUAUUAAAUAUUUAUUUGAGCUGAUAGACUUUUAAAGCCAUGCCUCAGCCCAAGUACCGAAAGAUUGCCGUGUUGGGAUACAGAUCUGUAGGCAAAUCAUCGCUUACAAUCCAGUUUGUGGAGGGACAGUUCGUAGACUCUUAUGACCCCACCAUUGAAAACACUUUUAAUAAAAUGGUUUCUGUGAACGGACAGGACUUCAACUUGCAGCUGGUGGACACUGCAGGACAGGAUGAGUACUCGAUUUUCCCCCAGUCACACUCAAUGGACAUCCAUGGCUAUGUGUUGGUGUACUCAGUCACCUCUAUGAAGAGUUUUGAGGUGGUUCAGAUCCUCCAUGACAAACUACUGGACAUGGUUGGAAAAAUCCAGGUGCCAACUGUUCUUGUUGGGAACAAGAAGGAUCUUCACAUGGAAAGGGUGAUCAAGCCGGAGGAAGGGAAAAAGCUGGCGGACUCUUGGGGGGCCGCAUUCAUGGAGUCUUCGGCCAAGGAGAAUCAGACGGCUGUGGAGGUAUUCAAAAGGAUUAUUCUGGAGAUGGAGAAGGCUGAUGGGAAUGCGCCUUCGGAGGAGAAGAAGUGUGCUGUGAUGUAGAUGCCCAGCAGGACGCCAGUGGGCCCAUCGGCAGACCCCCGGGGACAUGCCAACACCCACUUUCUUGCCCGCCAAACAGUUGCGUGGGAUUAUGGAUGUCUCAAACUGCAAGAGCUAGAGCGCCAUCUAGAGGCUGGGCAGAAUCUCACUAGUCCUGGCACCAGGUUGUUUACUUGGUUAUUUGUACCCGAUUUUGAAAACCCCUGAGAGUCUGUAUAAUGUUACUGCAGUGGAUUUGUGAUAAAACCAGCUUGGUUCUACUAAACAAAAUGAAACGGACUAAACUGGUUUUUUAAAAAGGUUCGGAUUAAACCUCAGGAACAAGGACAGAUUUUUUUUUUUCUUUUCAUAAAUGAGCUCAGUUAGUCUUUUAUCACAUCAUGAAUUACUCUCUCAUGCUGAAGGAUAUCACAAUCAGUUAACUUUGCCCUAGUAAGGUUCUAUGCAAUGAGCUGGUCACAUCAUUUACAUAAUAUGUGGCAGCAACAUGGCAGGUCCAGGUAAUUGUCAGUGGUCCAACCAUACAUGUGGUUUGUUUUUCACUAGUGUCUUGGUUGCACUGAUGAAACACUUUAAGAAUACAACAGUAUGACAGAGAGCACAAGGUUCCGUAUGAGAAUCACAUGCACACUGGUUACCAGUAUAAACUGACCAUAGCCUAACCAGUAUAUGUACUACUUGCUUUCAGCAGAUGAUAUGGUUGACACAUACCAGUUCAACUUCUCUGGACUUUUUUGACAGCUAAACUGUAGAGUACAUUAAUUGUACGAAUAAGGUAUAUAUCCUAAUAACUGUCUUUUAAAUGAACUUGUUUGUGUAAUUUUCUUUCCAGUAUAAUGUUAUUUACUAUUUCAUUUAGCAGAAUAUUAAAAGGGUUCAUUUUACUUUGUGACCGACAUCAGCAGCAAACUUUUUGCAGAACAGUUUAGAGAUUUACUUGCUCUUCUUUGGAGAACCAGUACUUGUAUAUUGAAUGUGUGUGUAUACAAUUACACUGCAAUUCAGACAGUUAUAGUUUACAGUUUUGAGGAUUACAAAAUGGUAUACUAUUUGAGAGAAUCUACUUGAUGUCUUUGAUUCCCCCCACCGCCUCCACACUGCUCAUUCGCAGAACACGGCCUUACCCUGUGUGUUUUGCCUCAGGCUGAGGUGCUCAGAGUAUUUAUUAAUUUGCCGUGUGUUAGAGUGGGUGUCGGUUUUGCUGGAAGCCGGUGCCUAACCUGGUGAUGCUGUAUCCCGUGCCUUAUCCUGCUUGCCCCUGCCCCCCCCCCCCCCCCCCCCAAAUAAAGGUGCUCUCUUGGUUUUCCUCUCUGGUGACUUGAACCUGGGAUCUGCUGGUGUUGCGCAUCUGAACGCCGACGCCUGCACGUUUGGAGUUGAUACCAACAUCUUGCUGUAAACAGUAUGUAUAUAUGAAUAAAUCCUUCUGCUCCUUUAAACCUCC